AUGUCGUUCGAGGCGAGUACGGCGUUUGGGGCGCUUUCGCCGCUGGUGCGAGACGACUCGCGUCGCGAGCUGAGCUCGCUGCUGGCGACGAACCACGCGUCGUACCACUGCUUCUUCAACACGCGCGGGAUGCACAAUCACCUGGUGCACCAGCUGAUCGCCGACGUGACGCUGGGUGCUACGCCCGCCGAUCUGCGCUCGCACAUGCAGUACCAGCGCGACCACUACCUGGGCGGCUUCAGCCUCUCGCGUCGCGAGCGCUACGAUCCCCACACCACCGACAGCGCGGCUGUGCCCAAGAUCACCGACGCCAAUUGGGGCGAUCAUCUGGGCCGACCGAGUCACUACUGGACGUAUCUGCACUUUUUCGAGCACAAGCUGCAGGACCUGGGUAUGGCGCGCGUGUUGGAGGAAUACGUCUUCAGCGCGGGUGCGAAUCAAGCGGGGAGGGAGAUGCUAGCGCGUUGGUUGGGGGGUGUGCUGCAUGCGGCCAUCCACUUUGGCUAUGCGGUCGAGACGCGUGUGGUUGGCGUGGCGGCCGAGGCGAUGGCUAUGGCUGCUGUCACUGCGGCGAGGCAUACGUGGUUGACCCCGCACGACUGGCUGAUGCAAACCCCGCGUGCGGGAAAGAGCCUGUUGGAGCUGGUGCGAGAGGUGCAGUCCGACGCUCGAGUCGCCGUCGACGCGCUAGGGCUGCGCGAGGCUGAUACGCCACUCAUCGACGAGCCGUUCGAGAAAGGUGGGCGCGCGUAUGGUGUGGUGCACGAAUACAUCGAUGCGUGGAACGUCAAUGACAUAGGCCAGGCCAGCUCCGAAGUGGCGCUGCUUGCAGCACUCAUGCUCGGCGCAGUGCCGCUCAAAGACGGCGCGUAUCAUCACGACUUUUUCCUGAUGCACGUGAACAACGUUCAUCUCUUUACGCCGCUGCUGCUCGAGCUGCUGCCGGCGUCGUCGCGCGGGGCGAUGCUGCGUGCACUCGGUGCGCACCUGCUCUACUACUACAUCGUGCGUGGCCGUCCGGCUUUCACGCCCUCGCACUUGACCAACCCGCUGUGCACGCGCAAGUUGGGGUGGGACGAGAUGUUCAAGGCGUCGCGCGAGAGCGUCGAUGAGCACCUCCCCAAAGCGGUGCGCACGCUCUACAUCCACAGCCUCGCCCAUCCCCCUCCCCCGCACCGCGGCCAACUCAACACGCUCCUUGCGCUCUCGCACGACGAUACCACGCUCGACGACGUGUACAGGGCCACAGCGCAGCAGAUGGUCGAUAUGCACACCGGCCAAAUCCGCCCAAGCACACACGACGUCAUGGGUGCACAGCAGGAGUUCUGGCAGUUCCAACCGUUCUUCUAA